UGAUUUUUUUAUUUUUUAUAUACACUUUGUAUAAAAGUUGAAUAAAAGUUAAAAAUAAGCCCUUUUGAUAAUCGAAAAAUUAAAAUGCUGUUUUUUAUUUUAUUACAUGUUUUUGUCUGUAUUCAGCAUGUUUCGGCAAGAUGGGUUCCACAAAUGGAGAAUAGCAAGCUGUUUGAAGGUGAUAUACAAUUGAAUCCGUCAGAAAAACUAAUUGUAAAAAAUACUUAUGGAAGCUUAAAAAGAGGACGUUGGCCAAAUAAUACAGUUCCCUACGAUCUUAGCAGAAUAAAUUUUAGAAACCAUCAUUACAUACUCAAUGCCAUAGAAGAAUACCACAAGCAUACUUGUUUAAAGUUUGUUCCAAAAACUACCGAAUUGACCUAUAUUAGCUUUUAUUCUGGAGACGGAUGCUCUUCGCCUGUUGGGUACUGGUACCGCAGAAUUAAUAAUAUAUCAUUAAGUCUUGGCUGCUUUCAAAUAGGUACCAUCAUGCACGAAAUAGGGCAUAGCAUAGGACUUUUUCACGAGCAAAGCAGAACAGAUCGAGACGAUUUUGUUGAAAUAAACUGGAAGAACGUUCCGUUAAAAGAACGUUCUAAUUUCGAUAAAUAUCCAAGUCUUAUUGACAGUUUGGGAACACUAUACGAUUAUUACUCAAUAAUGCAUUAUGGAGAAAAUGCUUUUGGUGGAGGUCAAAGAACUAUGACGACAAAAGAUCCCGCAAUGCAAAAGGUGAUUGGUACAGCUAAAGGAUUCAGUGCGAUUGACAUUAAACAAAUUAAUUUAAUGUAUAGCUGCCCAGGUUAUUAAUAUAAACAAUGCAAGAGAAAUGAACAUCAAGAUUUCAAUGAUGGAAACAAAAUGAAAGAAAUAUGUAAAAUUUAAUAAUUAACUUUAUUAAAAAGAUUA